AUGGCUACAAGGAGCCGCUCUAAAUUAUGUUUGUUCUACACGUUGGUCCUCGUGACUUACAUCCAGUCAUGCACAGGAGUCCCCUGGACCCAAGAGAAGCUGCAGCACAGGGCCACCCUGCUCACACCAGAAGAGAUCCGGACUGCUCUCUCUCACACUGACCUAAAUCAAAUGUGGCAGAGGGAUUUAAGACCACUCCUUGUCACCAGGUAUCCAGGGUCUCCAGGAAGCCAGGCUGUGCAGGAGCAUAUCAAAACCACCCUGGGUUCUCUCAGUGCAGGGUGGGAAGUGACAGAAGACAAGUUCAUGUCUCAAACUCCCUAUGGCCCCCUGCCCUUCACUAACAUCAUAGCCACACUCGACCCUGCAGCCAAACGCCGCCUGGUGCUGGCAUGUCACUACGACUCCAAGUACUACCCCCCGCAGUUCCAUGGCAGGGAGUUCCAAGGUGCCACUGACUCUGCUGUCCCCUGUGCCAUGAUGCUGGAGCUGGCACGCGCUUUGGAUGAAGAGCUCAAAACUCAAAAGAGCUCCAAUCCAAAGCUGACUCUGCAGCUGAUCUUCUUUGAUGGCGAGGAGGCCCUCUUUCAGUGGACAGCUUCUGACUCUCUGUACGGCUCCCGGCACCUGGCCGAAAAGAUGGAGGCUACUCCUCACCCCACAGGGGCCACAGGCACCAACCUGCUGCAUGGCAUGGAUCUGUUUGUGUUGUUGGACCUGAUUGGGGGCCCCAGUCCUCGCUUUGGGAACCAGUUCUCCAGCACAUUACGGUGGCUCACCAGACUCCAAAACAUAGAACGCCGUCUUCACUCCAUGAACCAACUUGUGGAUCAUCCGAACGACAUACAAUACUUCUGGCCAAAUGUUCCAGUGGGCCGUGUCCAGGAUGACCACAUACCCUUCCUAAUGCGAGGUGUGCAAGUCCUUCACCUCAUCCCCUCUCCGUUCCCGACUGUCUGGCACACAUUUGAUGACAAUGAGCAGAAUUUGGAUCCAGCGCUCCCCCUGGAGCAGAGGCUGGAGCAGAGGCUGGAGCAGAGACUGGAGCAGAGACUGGAGCCUGCUCUCUCCUCAGUCAUGCGCCUGCUCCCAACACAAACACACGGCUUCUCUGAGCCGCAACACAAAAUGUGA